AUGAAGAUUCUACUAGCCAUCAGCCUCAUCGGGCAAUUAUCCUACCUCACUCAAGCGCACUACCACUUCCCUCACUUUGUAAUCAAUGGCCAAGUUACUGGUGCACACGAGUAUGUCCGCGAGCACGAUAACGGUUUCCAGCCUUCAUGGGACGAGGGCAGAUUCAUUAACAGCGAAGAUCUCCGCUGCAAUAAGGGUUCCAUGAAUCACCGCACUCAACCGAAGACUUACAAAGUCAAGGCAGGCCAAGAUGUCAUUGGUUUCCAAGCAUAUAUCAAUACGGAAUUAUUCCAUCCAGGCCCUGUUCAGAUUUAUCUCUCGAAAGCGCCCGGCGAUAUUCGCGACUACGAUGGAUCCGGCGAUUGGUUCAAAGUAUAUCAGCUUGGGCAUCAGCCUGGCUCGACGGCUGACUCCGCAUGGCUGUCAUGGCAUAAGAAGCAGUUCACUUUCAAGCUCCCUGCCGAGAUCCCAGCAGGCCAAUACCUGAUGCGAAUCGAGCAGAUCACCACUCAUCCUCCCUACACAAACCGCGAGUUUUACAUCCAAUGUGCACACAUCGAGAUUGCCAGCAGUUAUAACGGCUCUCCCUCACCUACAUUCAAGAUACCGGGUGUAUACAACCGCACGCAGCCGUUCUUCAAAUAUGACAGUUGGGCAAAGCCACAGCCGACCGUUUGCCCGCUCCCUGGACCCGCGAUGUGGCCAAACAAUAACAACUUGAACAAGAUCCUUUGA